AGGAGCUGAUAGUGUUUAAAGGAAGAGCUGUAACUGUAUAUAAUGAAGAGGAAGACUGACAGAAACAGAAAUGUCUGAUAAGUGUGAUCUGUGUCUGCUGGGACUGAUCAUUCUCUCUUCACUUCUCACAGGCACCAGUGGAGUGGAUGAGGAUCAUGUGUUCAUCAGUUCUGGUGGAAAUGUCCGUCUGUCCUGUAAUAAAGCUCUUUCUGACUGCACAUCAACUACAUGGAUCUAUAACAGAUUCAGACACUCAGGGACAGUUGCACUGAUUACUGGAGGGAUAAAGAAGAAAGACACAGAGAGACAUGAGAGACUGAGUCUGGAGUCUGACUGCUCUCUGAACAUCAAGAACGUCACAGAAGAAGAUUAUGGAUUAUACAGCUGCCAACAAUAUGUGAACGGACAGAAACAUGGAACUGAUGCACGUGUUUAUCUGCAUGUUCUUCAUGUUUCAGUUUCUUCAUCAUCUUCAUCAUCAUCAUCUUCAUCCUCACAGACUGAGAUCAGUCCAGGCCGCUCUGUGACUCUCUCCUGUCAGUUGUAUUCCUAUUCUGGAUUCUCCUGUGAUGAUCGGGUUCGUUCUGAGGGAGUUGAGCUGUUGUGGGUGAAUCAGGCUGGUGUUGAUCUGAAGACAGACUCCAGAUAUCAGAUAUUAUCAUCAUCAGAUCAAUAUCGCUGUAUCAUCAUCACUCUGACUACAACACUCCUGAAUGAAGAUGACAACAGAGAGUGGAGAUGUCAGCUUACUCUCAGAAAUCAACUCAAGACCUCAGUCAGAUACACUGUCAAGUAUUCAGCUCCAGUCUCUUCAACAACACUGACUCCAGUCAGCAGAUCAAACUCUGAGAAGACAUCAAGCCGAACUACAGCAGCAGCUUCUACACAAGUUGUAACAUCAACUGCAUCAACAGCACUGACUCCAGACACCACAGCAAACUCUCUGAGUCCAGAUCCAGCUGAUACAGCAUCAGAAACUGCUGGAUUAUUAUACAGAGUGAUUGUGAGUAUUGUUGAGAUCGCAGUGUUUGCUGCUCCUACUGUGAUUCUUCUUCAGAUCAUCUGUGCAAGAAGAGCUGGGAGGAAGGACUCGAAACACCCAGAGGAAAUAGAGAUGCCUGAAUAUUACAAUCAAAACUGUCAACACGGUGAUCUCACAGUGAUCUCUCCAUAUGAUCACAAUGUGAGUCACAGUGAUGCGUCUGAACAUUCAUCUUCUGCAGCUCCAGUCUCUUCAACAACACUGACUCCAGUCAGCAGAUCAAACUCUGAGAAGACAUCAAGCCGAACUACAGCAGCAGCUUCUACACAAGGACGCAUCUGCAUGCCUCAGACGGCCACGACGAGGAAGGAAGAAACUCAGAGGAUGCCUGAGUGUUUUGAGAUGAGCGAGCCUACGCUGCCCACGUCCCUGCGUGCCUUACUCUCUCCGAAGAGAGACCCUUCACCUGUCCUGUUCACGAAAACAGACCAGCGCCCCUCCAACGAAGCGGCCGACCUCGUGCUGGUGGCGCCAGAGCGAGUUCGGACUCUGAUCUUCUCCACGUCCUCACCAAGGCCGUCGAAGAUCUCGCCGCCUCGACGAAUGGUUCCUGCUGAGGGCCCUCGACAGCGACCCAUUCUCUGGCUAAACCUGACUGAGAUCAAGGAUGCAGACAGGGCAACCUUCCUGGACUCCCCAAUCAAGAGCGCUGGCCACUUAGGCAUCAGG